AUGGGGAGGAAAUGCUGGGGAGGUGGGGGCAGAUCACAUCAACAUCCUGGCGUUGGGCUGGGUCGGUGUGGAGCCCCAGAAAUGUUCCCAAGCCCAUUCUUACCAAGAACCAAUGAGUAAAAUCAGGGGCCUCCAACCUGAGGUCAGGGAACCAGGCCCUGGAGUGGAACUUGGGGUGGAAAAUGGCCUUCUUUGUCAACUGAUUCAUUCUCCAGAAUUCAAUUUGUUCUCCAACUCGGUGGUGUUUGAAAGCAACUUUAUCCAGUUAGAUAAAACAGAGGACCCAGAGAAGAAUGACACAGGGUUCCUGCAGCCAAGGACCUUAAAGUGUAUUUGGGGAGACCAACGAAAAGGAUCAAUAGCAGGUCAGGGCCCAGCCCAGUGUGUGCACACCUGCCCCCAAGAUGAUGUGCCACUUUCCAGCAUCUGUAUUCUUCCACCCCUUGUUUUCUGCUCCUUUCUGACCCAUGUGCCUGAGGCUGAUUUCCAGGUCACUAAGCCCGGGAACUGGAGAGAUGUCUGUGAAGGGUCUGCCACCGUGAUCCUCGGGGUGACCUCCUCGGUGCCCUCCCUGCCACUCCCCAAUGUCCUCCUGAUGGCCAAUGUUACCUGGCCCCAGGGUCCAUUUACCACCUGGAGCACACCUGGUGACGCCCCAGUCAUCAACCUCAGCAGGCUUCUCCCCCUGAAGUACGUGGAGCUACGAAUCUACGACCGGCUCCAGCGCAUCCUGAGGGUUAGGACAGUGACCGAAAAGAUCUACUAUCUGAAGCUCCACGAAAAACACCCAGAGAUUGUGUUUCAAUUCUGGGUCCGCUUGGUGAAAAUUCUGCAGAAAGGCCUGUCCAUCACCACCAAAGACCCGAGAAUCGAAUUCACUCACUGCCUGGUGUCCAAGAUGCCCACCAACUCCACAGAAACAACACCUGAAAACAGCCUCCUGUCAUCCCCCCAGCCCAGCGAGCCCCUCGUGCUGCUGGCACCUGAGCAGACCAGUGGCAGUUUCUCACAGCUCUCAGGAAAGCCCCAGCUCACAGCAGACAGGAACAAUGACACUGCCAUUGAAAUAGACAACUGCAGCAGCUACAAGAUACCCUCUCCAGUGGCAUCUCCAAUCAAUUUGAAUAUACCCAUGAGAGCUGCCUUGAGCCACAGCCUCUGGGAACAAGAGGACCAGAAUGAGCACCUUCUACAAGUUCAUAUAGCCAGUUACCUAGGAGAGCACUUCUUGGGAGCCUGACACCUAGGCAAAACAUGCUCUUCCUUGCAUACGUGUACUUGCUACCACCUCUUAUAAUGCUCCUUUCCCACUGUGAGCCAAGUGACCUUGGGAGAGGUAAGAUGGUGUUUCCAACAAGGUGCUUCUCUACUUCCACCAAUAAACUUCCAAGCUGUACAGGAAGCAUGGCUGGGGAGGCCUCAGGAAACUUACAAUCAAGGCAGAAGGCAAAAGAGAAGCAGACCUGUCCUACGAGUCUGGAGCAGGAGAAAGAAAGAAGUGGGAGGUGCUAUGCACUUUUAAACAACCAAAUCUCGUGAGAACUCACUAUCAUGAGAACAGCAAGGAGGAAAUCCACCCCCAUGAUCCAAUCACCUCCCACCAGGCACCUCCUCCAACACUGGGGAUUAAAUUCAACAUGAGAUUUGGGCAGGGAGACAGAUCCAAAUCAUAUAUCAGUCUGCUCAAUUGAAACCACACAAUAGCCAAGCAAAGCCAAGAAAGCCAGUCCAAGGCUGGCUUGGAAAGGGCCUCUGAGGAGAGGAAAGGGCCUCUGAGGAGAAAUCAACUUUCAAAGGGGCAGGGGGAAAUAGAGGUUGAGCUACUGCAAGCCCAAAAUAAAAGAAAUCCUGAGAAGGAUGGUAA